CUGUCAAAUCAUUGCAUGAAAUGUUUUGUUCCAUGUUUUGUCUUUGGUAAACCGCCUAGUUUUAGAAUUAGUUCAGAAAGAAAAAAUAAAUCACCAAAAUUUUGAUAAAUAAGCAUUAAUAACUCGAUGUGUUGUUAAACUUCAAACGGAGAGUGUUAUUACAAUAUGGCCGUCCCUACAUCGGUUUCACUGGUUCUGGCCUCGGUGACGGCCGUCCUCAUUUUUUCUGCCAUGCAAAUGUAUCGUCCCCUGAUUGCAUCCUCUCAGAUGGCGACAAUCUUCGGUGGAUAUCUUGGAUCUUGGUUGUUUAUUUUAUCGCUUACCGCCGUUUCCAAUCUAGAAGCAGUGGUUUUAGGCAAAGGUUUUCAAGCCAAACUGUUUCCGGAGGUGGCAUUUUGUCUGAUUGGAUCCCUUAUUGCAUGUGGAAUGGUUCACCGUGUUUGCGCUACCACUUGUAUAUUAUUUUCUGUAGCUGCCCUCUAUUAUAUCAAUAAGAUAUCUCAAAAAGUGCACAACGCACCCGUUCCCGUAGACUCCUAUGUCGGCAAGAAGAAAAAGAAAUAGAAUGGAAUGUUUCUCUAUGGAGCAAUUUUAUGUUGCAAUUAAAUCUAAUCAUAAUAAUUAUGAUUCUAUCAUGAUCAACAAAAUGAACUAAUAAGGCAUCCAGGAAUUAAUUGUAACUAAAUGAAGAGAAAUACAUCGUGUUGCUAUAAAUA